UGCAGCACCUUGAUUGAAGCUAAAGGUAAAGGUGAUCAAUCUAGCUUGGGAUUUUUGGUGUGAUGGCUUCAACGCGGAACUUUAAGAAUCGGAUCUUGGAGGAGCUCGAGGAUAUCCAAAAUGAUCCUCCUGAAUUUUUCAGCUUAGGCUCCAUUUCUUCUCUCCUCUUCACCUAUUUCCUUUUGUCAUUGGAAUUAAUAAUGCUAUAGAUGUAAAUGAAGUUGAUAGCAAAAGGUUAGCAUGUUUCGCAAAAAGAGAAUAUUUCCGGGUAUUAGCUUGGGUGGAUCUCCUAAGAAUGAAGACAAGUCUAUUUGGCAAGCAACUAUGCCGGGUCCUCUGAGCAGUCCAUAUGAAGGUGGGACGUUUGAACUCAGCAUUCAUCUCCCUCCGGACUAUCCAUUAAAACCACCCAAGGUUGCUUUCAGGACCAAGAUCUAUCACCCUAAUAUUGACAGCGAUGGUGGUAGCAUUGGCAUUGAUAUUUUGAAGGAUAAAAACUGGCUCCCCGGCCGCACCAUAAAAGAGGUGCUGCUGGCAAUCUACUUAAUCUUAGGGGAUCCACAACUCGAUAACCCAUUGGAGGAGAACACUUCCAACAUGGUCAAGACAGUUGCUCGGAAAUGGACGCAGAUGUAUGCUAUGGGUCCUGCUUAUAAAAGAAUCUCGGAGGAGCUUAAGAGUCUCGAGAAAUCUAAUCCAAGCUAUGCCAACGCAGGUCUUGUUGAUGGAGACAUGUUUCAUUGGCAAGCAGCUAUCUUGGAUCUUCGAGGGACUCCAUAUAAUGGUGGAAUGUUUCAAGUUGACAUUCAUUUCUCUCGCCAAUAUCCAAAUGAACCACCCAAGGUUGUGUUCAGGACAAAGAUCUUUCAUCCUAAUAUUGAUGAGAAUGGUAGCAUUGGCCUUGAUAUUUUGAAGGAUCGGUGGAGCAAAGACCUCAGCAUUUCCCAGGUUUUGCACUCAAUUAGGUCACUCUUAAAGAAUCCAAAUCCCGAUGCCCCAUUGGUGCCAUGGAUUGCCCACAUGUGCAAGACCAAUUGUAGCGAGUACGAUACAACUGCACGGAGCUGGACCUUGAAGUAUGCUAAGGGUUAAUGUGCUGCUAUGCAUGCAAUAGGAGCGCUUCAUUCUAUCUUGCUUUUAUCUUUAAAUUAUUGUAUUAAUAAACGAAACAAUGUUGUCAUCUGAAUGGACAAUGAAAUUAGUCUGUGUAAGCUGUGACAUGUAUCACGGCCAAAUCGCUUUGGAUUUAGGUUAAUUUUGGGUUUAUGUCUUUUGAGUUUAGAGCUCAAGUUUUUCAUGCCAAUUUGUUAUAAGUUUAAUUUAUUUUGUGUUCAAGUCAUUUGAGUUACUUGUUUGGUUUAUUUUGGGUUUGAGUUGUUUUGGACUCAAAUCUUCUUGGAUUCUACUCAAUUUCAGG